UUUAGUCAAAGUGCCCUUGCUCUUCCAAAUUUGUCCUUGUUUACAUUGUUUACAUCAAUAUUUCCUCUGUUUCUGACCAGUAGGAGCAUCAAAAUAUGCUCAGUGCAAGGUCAGUUUUCAAAAGACACCUUCUGCGACAGGCAGAGAAGGUUCUCUUUCCGACAUGCUCUCAAACACUCCACAAACAACCAUUAGAUCCAGAAUGGACCGAGAUGGCAAAGAAGGAACUGAGAGGGGCCGACCCAGCAGAGAAGCUCACUUGGCACACACCAGAGGGAAUCGAUAUCAAGCCGUUCUACAGCAAGGCGGACACAGCGCAUCAGGAAGAUGAAUUGCCAGGCAAAUUCCCUUUUACGCGAGGACCUUACGCUUCGAUGUAUACCAAGAGGCCUUGGACAAUUAGACAGUAUGCUGGAUUCAGUACGGUGGAAGAGAGCAACAAGUUCUAUCGGCAGAACAUUAAGGCUGGCCAGCAGGGUCUUAGUGUGGCGUUCGAUUUGCCGACACAUCGAGGUUAUGAUUCGGACAAUGCUCGAGUGAUUGGCGAUGUGGGAAUGGCGGGUGUAGCCAUUGACUCGGUUGAAGAUAUGAAGCUGCUCUUUGAUGGCAUUCCCCUGAAGAAGAUUUCAACUUCCAUGACAAUGAAUGGGGCUGUCCUCCCCAUUAUGGCGAUGUUUGUAGUGGCUGCUGAGGAACAGGGUGCAGAGCAAAAAGAUCUUUUGGGUACGAUACAGAAUGACAUCUUGAAGGAGUUCAUGGUCAGGAACACGUAUAUCUACCCACCAGAACCUUCCAUGAGGAUCAUCGGAGACAUCUUUGAAUACACAGCCCAGAACAUGCCACAUUUCAACUCCAUCUCCAUCUCUGGGUACCACAUCCAGGAGGCAGGCGCGGAUGCUGUGCUAGAGACUGCGUUUACUUUAGCUGAUGGACUGGAGUAUUGCCGAACAGGUCUGAAGGCUGGACUAACUAUUGAUCAGUUUGCCCCACGUCUUUCAUUCUUCUGGGGCAUUGGCAUGAAUUUCUAUAUGGAAAUUGCCAAACUUCGAGCUGCCAGAAGACUGUGGGCGACCUUGAUUAAGGAAAUGUUUGACCCCAAGAAUCCCAAGUCGAUGAUGCUGAGGACACACUCACAGACCAGUGGCUGGUCACUCACUGAACAGGAUCCAUACAACAACAUUGUGCGAACAACUAUUGAAGCAAUGGCGGCCGUAUUUGGUGGCACCCAGUCGCUUCACACAAACUCCUUCGAUGAAGCCCUUGCCCUACCCACCGUCUUCAGUGCCAGAAUCGCCCGAAACACACAGAUUAUUCUACAGGAGGAGUCUGGAAUACCAAAAGUUGCCGAUCCAUGGGGUGGGUCUUACAUGAUGGAACAGCUGACUGAUGAUAUAUAUGAUGCAGCCAAGAAAGUGAUUGAAGAGGUUGAAGAAAUGGGCGGAAUGGCCAAAGCUGUUGCUGCAGGUAUGCCAAAGUUGAGGAUUGAAGAAUGUGCGGCAAAACGUCAGGCAAGGAUUGACAGCAAGGGAGAAGUCAUUGUCGGUGUGAAUAAGUAUCAGCUGCUCCACGAAGACAAACUAGAUGUUCGAGUUGUAGACAACACAAAGGUCAAGGAAUCUCAGAUCAACCGGCUGAAGCAAGUUCGGGCAAGUCGGGACAAUAAAAGGGUUGAAGAGACAUUGAACGCCAUCUCAGAGGCUACGAGGAGUCAGACGGGUAAUCUGAUGGCGUUAUCGAUAGCUGCUGCGAGGGCGAGGUGUACUGUGGAGGAAAUCACUGGUGCUAUUGAGAAGGUGGUUGGCCGCCACAUUGCAGAAGACCACAUGGUCAGCGGGGCAUAUAAAUCGGAAUUCGGCCACCAGGAGGAACUAGAUGAAGUCUCCAGCCUUGUCUCAGAGUUCAUGCAACACGAAGGCAGACGCCCUCGCAUUCUGAUUGCAAAGGUUGGACAAGAUGGCCAUGACCGUGGUGGCAAGGUCAUUGCUACCGGAUUUGCUGAUGUUGGGUUUGACGUGGAUAUUGGCCCUCUUUUUGCUACACCAGCAGAAGCAGCACAGCAGGCCAUUGAUGCUGAUGUCCACUGUGUUGGUGUGAGUUCUCUUGCAGCUGGACACAAGACGUUGAUUCCAGAGCUUGUCAAGGAACUCAAGGCAUUGGGUCGACCUGAUAUUGUGGUUGUGGUCGGAGGUGUGAUCCCACCCCAAGACUACGAUUUCCUGAAUCAAGCCGGCUGUUCAGCAAUCUUUGGCCCUGGUACAAGAAUCCCCGAUGCUGCAAGGCGCGUCAUCGGUGCUAUCUACCAAGGGCAAAAGAAGAUGGCAAGAACAGCUUAAUUAUUGACAAAAAGACCCAAGGAGCUAUACUGUGCUGCAAAUUGUGCUAACAGGGAAUUCCGGCUUGGGAGACUCUUUGAUAUGAGCUGCAUGACUAGUCAUGUGUGGAUGAAUUUAUACUGUAUAAGCGCAAAUAUAAUUGCACCAUCCUUGUUUCUCGAUGUAUAACUGAAGUCCAUAUGGUUAUUUACAUGUGCCAUCAAUGCAUUUUAGGUGACUGCAGUAGAAUCAUGUAUGAGAUUAGGUUAAAUCUCUAAAGCAAAAUUACUUCGAACUGGUUUCUUUUAACCUGCUGCUAGUUGUAUUUACAUGUACUUAUACUGUAGUUAUACAUGUAGUAUAGCUGUAAUUGUCGAGGAGCAGUGGUAAUGUCCUUACUUAAAGCCAGCCUCGUGACCCAGAGGUUCUGGGAUCUGAUCCCUUCUGGGGCACUUUCUUCUUUCCUGUUAAAGUUUGAAGGUUAAAUGAUCACUUUUUAGCCUUCUUGACAUUCCCAGAAGACACUGGGAUGACAAAGUGCUUUAAGCAGGGGACUCGUCCAUGGAAAAGUGUAUAUAGGAAAACAAACUUUAACUUUGUAAUUUGGAUGUACAAGCUUGGUUGUACUUGCUUAUGUGUAGAUGUGUAGAAAUUGUAUUGUGGAUAUUUACUGAAUGUGGGGUCACCGCAGAUCGAGCUAAUCGCUUUGAAAUUGGCUGUUGUGUUCUGACAGAUGUGUGCAGUAAAAUGGUAUUUAUUCAGUAAUAAACAUUUCAUGAAAA